AGAGCUGACAGCUCAAAUAACUUUUUGCCGCUCAACUCGGCAUCGCAAUCUUUGGCCUCUCUCGAGGCAUUGCCGAGGGGCGGAAAGUUCCAGGAACUGUGAGUGCGAUGCAAAACAUGAACCUCCAGGGCAUGAAUUUGCAGAUGAUCAACUCCAAUAUGCCAAACAUGCAAUGGCAGGCGAAUGUGGCCAGUCAGGGGCCACAAUGUGGGCCUUCAGCGCUUCAGACAUCAUGUAUGCAGUCUUCCAUGCAGGGCAACUCGCAAGCGUCACCGAUGAUGCCGGGUUGCCAAAGCCCUACCAUCUUCGCCACGCCGAUGCAGACCAUGCAAAACGUGCAAUUCAUUCAAGUCCCCGCGGGCAUGCAGUUGAUGCCUAUGAACUGCUCAGGGAUGAUGGUGGCAAACCAAAACAAUGGCAAUGGAAACUUCGAGCAGCAACAGAUGGUCAAGAACAACUUCAUGCCAAUGGAGAACCAGGUCGGCGUCGCGAAUGGGACUCGUCUGAUGGGCGAGACCCCAAACAGCACUCCCGAGGGAUCCGAAGAGGAUUUUGUGCGAGAGGGAGUUAAGGAGGACACCAAUCGGAACUCUGGUCAAUACUUGGUGAUUUCAGGCGGACAAUCGUCCUUGAAGGACGUGAAGUCCAUGGGCUCCAACGGAUUGUCUAUGGAACAACAGCUCCAGCAACUACAGAUGGAGCAACAGCAGUUGCUGCAGCAUCAUCGAAUGCAGCAGCAGGCCUUGGCACAGCAGCAGCAGAUGGAGCUCCUGUAUCAUUCCCAAGCCUUGGAAGCCUUGCAGCACACAGUCACGGACACCAACCCGGAGGAAAUUCAGGAGACAGAUGAUGAGGAUUGCAUUGGACAAUACCCACAUCACCAGGGGCCAUUGGCGCCAACAGAGGGUGCGAUGGCCUGGAUGGCUGCCACCUUGGAGGGAAUGCAAACGUGUGCUCCGAAGUCAAAGAAGUUUAAUCCGACGGCCUCGGCCGACACCGGCUCCACUCCUGAACCUCAUUUGGCAAAGAAGAAGCUGGUGGUGCGAAAGCCUGAUGGGCCUCAGGACGCCGGCAGUGGAGCCAGCAGUGGAGAUCAGGCGCAGCUCGCUCGGAAGAAGGCAUCAGACCCGUGGUCAUGGGAGGACGGCGUGGUGACCGUGAUGGUCAGGCAGCUGCCUCGUCAAUACACUCAGAGGAUGUUGCUGCAGGAGGUGGUUCGCCGUGGCUUUGAAGGUCUGUUCGACUUCUUGUACCUUCCGUAUGAUUUCAAGAAGGGCAUCAAUGUGGGCUACGGCUUUGUGAACUUCACUGAACCCGAGUAUGCUUUGCAAUUCCGUGACUCCUUGGAUGGGCAGUACUUGGACAAAUACAUGAGGAUGAAGGGCAAGGCCGUCCGUGUGCAUCCGGCACAAGUACAAGGAUACGAGGCCAACUACCGCCACUUCGCGCACACCAAGACUGGUCAGAAGCAGGAUCCUGCUUUCAGCCCCCUCUUCUUCUCAGUGGGAGACUUCAAGGCAAAGGAUGUGAUGAAGAUGAUGGAGGGGCAAGAGAACAAGGAGACCAACACCUUGGUCGAGGCAUCUAAGGGACCAUCUUUGCUUGCUCUCGAACCUCAGAAACACCAGCGUCUUCGUGCUCAGAAGAGCCGUGCAGCGAACUGACUUGUCGAACUCGCUGCAGGAGAACCGAAUUUUUUUGAGCCGAUGCUUGGAGGCACUGAUGAGGCAGGCGAGCUUGGAAUCGAAGCUGAUACCAUACUUGAUUCCAUGAGAAUUCCGACUCAC